GGCACUGCCAUCCCCUCGCUGGUAGUCCCACAGCCAUCCCCUUCCCCUCGCUCAUCUCCCAUCAGUGACUCAGUUCAUCGGCGCCUGGAGAUCCUUAGCCAAUCUCUCCGAUCUUCGCCGGCGCCAUCCUCCCCUGUAACAUUUCUCCUCGGAGACUUCCCUCUGCAUAUGUAGGGACGGUAUCUCAGUCUGUGUGUUUGCAACUUUGCAUCCACGGAAGUUUUGUUUGACGAGGAAGAAGCAACGGAAGGGAUCAGGCCCUGCCGCCCUGGGAACCCACCAUCAGAGCAUUAGGUGACUGAAUCUUUCUUAUUCUUUCAGCUUUCAACAUCACAUGGAUCGAUCCUUGUCUGGGUAGAACAGUUAGAGCUUCAUUUCUAUGGGUUAGGCACUUGGGCUAGAUUUGCAGGCCGGCACAAGUUGUAACAAGCGGAUUUCAGAUUACUUGUUGCGGCGAUCACAGUUCUGAAAAGGACGAGAAAGAGAUGGGCAGGGCUGGUUUCAGAAGGAAAUACUGGUCAAGAAAAUCAGGGGCACGGAGCAACAACCGCAAUGCACAGGCCGACAAGGAGCCACGGCACCGUGCAUCGCCCAUCAGGAUUGUGAGGCUGUACCCUCACCUUACCCCGGAACAGCGCAAGAUGAUAGAGGACGCCGGCUUUGGAGGCCUCCUGAAAAUCAGCUGCCCGACAUUGCCUUCGGGGUUCUGCGGUUGGCUCCUCCGGCGAUUCGACACUGAUUAUUGCGAGCUGGUGAUCAAGGGCCGGGGAAGGAUCCCAGUCACCAGCGACAGCGUGCAUAGAGUGCUGGGCAUCCCAAACAGCGGGGGUGAUGUCAAGUACUGCUUGGAUGAGGAUGCCAUUGCCUUCAUGUUUGACAAGUUCGGUGUUUCAGGCAGGUACUCGCCAACCAUCAAAGGCAUAGAAAAUUCCCUCAAGCACAUGAAGUCCGCGGACGAGCAUUUCCUCCGGACGUUCAUGGUGCUUGUGAUCUCAGGCUUCCUUUGCCCGACUACUUGUCUAAGAAUCAGCCCCCGCUGCUUCCCGGCAUUGGUGGACAUUGGGUCCAUCAGGGAGCUGAAUUGGUGCAAGUUUGUUGUGGAGCAGCUCAGGAAGUCUAUAAGCGCAUAUGGCAGGAAGAACAGUGUGCCGGGCUGCCUUUUCUACCUUGUGAUUCUAUAUCUAGAUUCACUUGAUACCCGUGACAUACAAAUUCCUGAUGGAACACCACGGAUUUCUGCAUGGAACAAGACGCUUGUAAACAAAGUCAUUGAGAUGGACAUGAAGAACAAUGGCUCUUUCGGAAAAUGCCUUUUGAAAAAGAAGGCUCCUGAUAACAUCAAAUCCAGAGGUGCAUCAAGCGUGUCUGCCAUCCUUGGAGGCGUCCCGGAAAUAGCAGAUUUUGUGUCAGCAAAUGUCGUGGCCGGGUACAGUGCACAGAAGAAAGAGGUGUUAUGCAAUGCAGUAGGCAAGCUUUGUGCAAGUAUCACAACCGCUCUCUCAAAGUUCAUGCAUGAGGUCUCUGCACUCGAAGGCAAUAGUGGAGAGGCCAGCAGAGAUCGCGCUUCUGCCCUUGUAGAAAAUAACAAUGUCAAUAAUGUGGAGGAGAAUGACAUCCAAGAGGAGGAAGACGUGCUCCCAGAAGAUAGUUCUGAGUCGCCAACCGAGGAUACGAAAGACACAUCUGCCGAGGAGUUUGGAGAUGAAAGCUCCGUGGAUGGAGGUAGCACGGACGAUGACUCUGAGGAUGAUCCUGACUGGGAUGAAGACGAGUUCAAUAGCAGUAAGCAGAAACGUGUUAGAACUAAGCCUGAAGAUGGAGCGGCCAAAUCUGAAAAAGGGUCAGUCAAAGGUUCAGGACAUGAUUCAGACACCCUAAAUGGAAAUCAAGAAGCAGGGAAUGGGUGCACUGAAGAGCAUACAAAUCUUAUGAAGCGAACUUUGGCCUCUGUCGAUGGGGGUACGUCGUUGCAAGCAAGGAGCGCACGCCGGAAAACUGGCGAAAAAAGCAAUGUCGUUGUGGAGAAGACGGCAGUUCUGACCCACGGCAGCCCGCUGCGUGGCGGUGGAAGGUCGUGCAGUUCUGGCCCGAAGCUUUGUGAUGAUGGGAGACCCUUGAAGGUGGAGGAGGUAGACAAGAUGCCUGUCAUUGAUCUGUGUACUCCGACGAGCUCAGAGAGCGACUGCGUUGUCCUUAAGACUGCAAAAAAUCCUUCUUCUUCUGUUGAUGGCCCGAAACGGGCCUCAUGACUCUCAACACAGUAGCUGAAAUGGUCCUGAAACAUGUGUUCUUAGAGAUCGAGGCCGCCGUUGGGUUGUCAGUUAAGGUUCAGUUGGGUCACUUGACGUGUUGUAAAAAUUCAGAAUAAGUUGACCUGUUAUUGACUGCAUACUUCUCUUUGUCAAUGCAAAGCAUUUGCAAACU